AUGAAUGAUGGAUUUUGGCUAUGCAAGAGGAACUCCACGAAUUCAAUAGGAAUGAUGUUUGGGGAUCUUGUACCCGUACUAGAGAAUAAGAAACCCAUUGGAACCAAGUGGGUGUUCAAGAACAAGCUGAAUGAAAAGGGAGAGAUUGAAUUUCAAAUGAGUAUGAUAGGAGAACUGGUGUUCUUCUUAGGAAUCCAGAUUCAUCAAAGUCAGAAUGGUGUGUACAUUCAUCAAACUAAGUAUACAAAAGAGCUUCUCAAGAAGUUCAAGUUGGAUGAAUGCAAGCCUAUGUCUACACCAAUGCAUCCAAGCUACUCACUUGAUAAAUAUGAAUCGGGAAAGAAGGCUGAUCCAAAAGAAUCUCAUUUAACAGCUAUUAAGAGGAUCUUUAGAUACUUGAAAGACACUACUAACCUGGGUUUGUUCAUUAAAGUUUCAUCCGCGUACAAGUUAGUUGGAUAUUGUGAUGUUGACUCUGCUGGAUACAAGCUUGAAAGAAAAAGAAUUAAUAGAAAAUGUAUGUUUUUGGGUGAUAAUUUGAUCUCUUGGUCAAGCAAGAGACAAGGAACCAUUGCUAUGUCAACAACAGAGGUUGACUACAUCUCUACAACAGGACGUAACACCCAACUCUUAUGGAUGAAGCAAUAG